AUGAUUCUGAUUCCGAUAUUACUACUGCUGGUCGCAGAAGUCGCUGAUGUUCAGGCAGCUUCUGGAUUGGUGUUCCCUCAAUCGAAUUGUAAAAUCAAAUGUCUCAAUGGUGGUAUGUGUGCAUUCUCUUUCGAAAACCCUGCUAUCCACUCUUGUAUAUGUUUGAUGGGAGUGUAUGAAGGAGAUCGUUGCCAAUAUCAAGUUGGAGAUGAUCCAGCCAAAAGAAAGAAAAUCGAACAAGAAGCUGAGGAACAGCGAAGAAUAGAAGAAGCUAGAGCUCGCGAACGACAAGCAUUAGAUGCUCAACGUCAACGUGAACACGAAUGGCGCCGUAAUGAAGAAGCUCAAGCAGUUGAACGCCAAAGACAGAUCGAAUCUAGAAACCAGCAAGACGAGGAGUUGCGAAGACAAGAACAACAGCGUGUUCAGCCAUCUAAUGGAGGAUUUGAUGUGUCGCCAGCUGAGAAGGCACGCCAAAUUGAAAUGAAACGUCGAGAGGAGGAAAUACGACGAUAUGAGGCCGAAAGAAAGCGAAUCGAAGGUGAAAGAGCCGCUGAACUAGCUCAAAGAGCGAAGGCUGAGGAACAACGUCGAGAAAUGGAACGUGAAUACCAACGACAACGUCAGCAGCAGGAAGAAGAAGCUGUAAGACGACGCGAAGAAGAAACCCAACGUCGUCAACAGCAAGACGAACAACGUAGACAGGAUGAUGAGAUGCGUAGAAACGAUGCUCGUCAGAAGGAGGAACAACAGCGACAACAACAAGAACAGCUUCAAAGAGAGAGAGAGCAAAACACACGUGAAGAGCCUGCUUCGAACGGAAUUCAAAAAGCCGAUGAUUCAGAAUUGAAAGAGGAAGACAUGGAACCAGAUAGCCCAUCAGAGUACUGGGACUAUAAGAGCAAUGAAGCUGAAAAACCAAAAGAGGAAGAGGAAUACUGGAAAGAGAAAUCAGAUACUGAUGAAUCAGCCGGAGCUGGAUGGGAUCAAACUAGUGUAUCUGAGAACGUUGACGAAGAAGUAGCCAGUGAAACGACGACACAAGAAGCCGAACAUGUUGAACCGAAGGAUCCGAUGACUAAGCUCAUUGAAGAAGCAGCACGUAAAACAGCUGAGGAACAUGAUAUAGUUUUAACAGAAGAUGAUGACGAUCAUAGUGACGACUACUGGGAUCAUUCACCCCCUCGCAGAGAUGACCAAGUAAAGGAUAGUACCAAUAUUGUUGAUCCUGAAGACGAUUAUCAUGAGGAAGCUUCGAAAUCUGAUGAUGACGACUCCAAAGAUGAUAAUAAGCGCGAAGAAGAAAAAGCUGAUGGCUGGAUGAUGGAAGAAAGAGAUAAAGAGCCUGAUAGCUCAAGCAGUCUUCACUAUAUAUGUUUACUAGCUACAACAUUCUAUAUCCUGUUCUAG